ACACCAAUAUUAUCAUCAUUGUAACUUAAGCGAAAUAAACAUUAAUUUAUUUGAAGACUUACCAUAUUCGUUGCCAAGAAUAAUACAUAACAAAUGAAGUGAAAACAAAAGGUCAUUAGUUGUCAAUCAGAUCAAAAUUUCCAGUGAACAUUUCACAUUUCAUUUCUGUUUUUAUUCCAUACGUUCGUUCGGCGCUUGAGGAUGGAGGACAUCAUCGUGCCAAGGCCAAGGCGGGAAGUUCUGAGGGAACUGAAGCAGUGGUGCAUCGAUAAUUCGAAGCCAAAAACGGUUCCUAAACCUCCUCCCCGUUGGAGGCCGAAAAACAUAACGGAUGAAGCGACGCUAGCUGCGAAAUUCGAGGCUCUGUCAAAGCCCUUGCCCAGACUCAUGUACAAGAAACCACCGAGACAUAAGCACGUGAAGAUAGAAGCAUUGUCCGCCUCCACCACGCCAAGACUCGACGAACUUGCAUCGCCGCUCACCAGAAGACUGUACAUUCGUCCCUCUCAAGAUUCCACCAACCUGAUGAAUGUCAUCAAGAUAAAGCAAUCUGCGAAAGAGUACGUUGCUUCACCGAAAAUAGAGGAGCUCAGCGCAAUCCCUCGUCGCUGGAAAAAGAUCCGCAAACCAAGGAGGUUGGGCAGAGUUAACAGGAAAGCGUUGAAGGCGAAAGCAUCAAAGAGGGUGAUCAAGUUGGCGGUAGCUAUAAAACGUGAAGAACUCCAACCGCGCGAAUUCGCGUUCGUUGUUAACCCCAUCUGCUUCAAAUACCGACCGACGAAGAGAAUCUUAAAGCUUGCCGAACCGAGGUUGCUGCCUGGAGAGAAAGCGAAAAAGCCCGAAGUCAAGAAAAAGAAGAAGAAGCACGACGACGACGAUUACGAAGAUGAGGACUAAUAAUGGCGAUGAAAA